GUUAAUAGUGGAUGCACCACGUUGUGAAGGUAACCAACUGCGCAUGCGUAGAAAUAUCACAACACCGAAUGCAGAGCGGUGACUUCAUGAGGGUAUUUCAAUAAAACAAUGACUUAUAGAGCGUGCUUUAAGGUGGCUUCAGUUUAACCUCAGUGUGACAGCUUGGAAAGAGAGAAUGGACAACGUUACCAUGUCAACCUCAGGUGGGUCAUCAGCAGAGGACAUGGAGGGGAUCUGCAUGAUGCCGGAUCUGAGUGCCAUCAAGACGGAGCAGUCGGUGGGUGCGAGCCCAGACGACACGGGCACCCAAAACGUAGCCAUGGGCAUCAAGUUCAUCCUGCCCAACCGCUUCGACAUGAACGUGUGCUCCAGAUUCGUCAAGUCGCUCAACGAGGAGGACAGCAAGAACAUCCAGGACCAGGUCAACUCUGAUCUGGAGGUUGCUUCUGUGUUAUUUAAAGCGGAGUGCAACAUCCAGACAUCCCCUUCCCCGGGUAUACAAGUGCGUCAUGUUUACACGCCAUCCACCACCAAACAUUUCUCCCCCAUCAAACAGUCCACCACACUCACCAAUAAACACCGUGGCAAUGAGGUUUCCUCCACGCCUCUUUUGGUGCAUUCUUUGUCCAUUCAUCAGCUUGCAGCUCAGGGUGAAAUGGUGUUUCUGGCCAGCAGGAUUGAACAAGAGACUGUAAUCAACCUCCAAGAUGAGGAAGGCUUUACCCCCCUGAUGUGGGCAGCUGCACAUGGACAAAUCGCUGUUGUCGAGUUUCUGCUCCAAAACGGUGCUGACCCCAACCUCCUGGCCAAAGGGAGGGAGAGUGCAUUGUCGUUGGCCUGCAGUAAGGGAUACACUGAUAUUGUGAAGAUGCUCAUUGACUGUGGUGUUGAUGUCAAUGAAUAUGACUGGAAUGGAGGAGCCCCCCUGCUGUACGCCGUCCAUGGGAACCAUGUGCGCUGUGUCGAAAUCUUGUUAGAGAGCGGUGCUGAUCCUACCAUUGAGUCAGAUUCUGGAUUCAAUGCAAUGGACAUGGCCGUGGCUAUGGGCCACCGGAAUGUUCAACAGGUGAUGGAGGCACACUUACUGAAGUUACUGAUGGGAAUCAGAGAAUGAACUGUGACACUUGAGGAAAACGAAUACCGUUAGGGACGGCGCCGGGCUCUGGACAAUCAUGUAGCACGCCCAGGCUGUCGGCCAACAGGAAUAUUUUAUUCCAUUAAGUGACAUUUCAACAGCGUCGUGUCAUAUCAACAUCAUUUUGUUGGCAUCAUGCACAUGAAGGUUUGUACUGUGUGAAUUGUCAAUUUUAACUCGGCACUUUUUCCACCUUGAAUGCGGAGCAGCAAAUCUGAUCUAAAUACACCGACAGAUUUACAAAGAACAAAAAUGUAAAAUUGAGUUCUUGCACUCAAAUGUGGAGUGCAGUGUCGGAUUGAUUUUACUUUAACUAAGCAUGGAAGUUUUGUUUGAGUCUUUUAAUAUCUUAUAUUACAUUACAUGCCAUCAUUGGCAUCCUUUACCCGUCACGGCAAGUGUUUUAUAAACUAACUUAUUAACCGUAAUAAGAAAACAUUUUUAAGAGUAAAAGAAUAUUAAUGUCAAAUGUUGAACUGCCUCAUGUUCAUACCGUCUGGUCUUCAUAGUGAGCACAUUUCUGAGGCUCAUUUUGCUCUUAUGAAGACUACAGUGGGAGGAUUGGGUGUUUUUAUGACGCUGCCAAGCUGUUUGUUGGUCCUGAAGUUCUUUGUGUUGGUUGGACUGGAUUUAUUUAUUUAAAUAAUUUAGACAUUGUGUUGUGAUGUGCUAAAAUCCUCAUAUUGAUGCAAGUCUUGUUUUGUUUCUGUGUAUUGUGAUGCUAAUGUCCACUGAUAUGUUGUGAAUUUUAAAAAACACCUCACACCUCAUUAAAAUAUCCGACGAGGUUAUUGUGGUGCUGUUUGCCACGGUAUGAUGGUGCUUGUGUUUUAUACCGCUCACAAGUGGUGUAUCAACGAGUAACGUGCUGACCUCCCUCAUUCUGUACAGAUAUUUAUCUGAUUGCAAGUCGAAAAGGUCAAACCCUGUUUAUAAUCACUGAUAUGAAGCCGUUAUUUAAUUAAAAGAUCUCUUUGAACUGCAA